UUAAAAAAAGUAAAUGAUAAAAAUAUUAAACAGAUUCGUAAGGAUUCAAAAAUUUAAUAAUAAUUAUUUAAAAAAUAUUAAUAACAAUUAAAAUUUCUAUAGCAUUCAUUAAAAAUAUCUUAAUCACUUUUCAAGGAAAAUGGCUGAGAGCAAAUUAUACCUCACAAAGGACGAAACUUGCGAUUACUUAAAAAGCAUUAAUUUCGAAUUUAAGAGAUACGAUCACGAACCUUGCUUUAAUGUUGAAGAUAUGCAUAAAUACUUAAAGCUCGAAAAGGCUCCUUUAAUUAAGAAUCUCUUCUAUCAAGACAAGAAGGGUAACUAUUAUUUAGUUGUAGCUAAGCAUGAUACUAAAGUUGAAAAAACUUUAUGGAAGUAAGUCAAUCUUGCUCCUGGUAACAUGCGUUUAGCUGCUGAUGAAAAGCUUGAGGCUGUUUUGAAGGUCAAGAGAGGACAUGUUAAUCCUUUCGCCUUAGUUAAUGAUACUGAAAAGUUAGUUAAAGCUUUAAUUAUCGAUGAACAUUUGAAGAAAGAAGAAUAUUGGGCUUUCCAUCCUAUGGAUAAUUCUGCUUGCGUUGAAUUCAAGCAAACUGAAUUCUAAAAGUUUAUCGAUGCUAUUGGCAGAACUUUUGUUCACGUGAGACUCGACUUAUCUGAAGAAGAAGAGAAAAAGCUCGCAGAAUAAGCAAAGAAGGAAACUGCUAAAGUUGAAGAAGCUGGUCAUACUAAAUUAGGUAUUGAUGUUAAAAAAGAUCAAGAUUUAUCUGAAUGGUACAAGCAAGUUAUCACUAAAUCUGAAAUGAUCGAAUAUUAUGAUAUCUCUGGUUGCUACAUUCUUCGUCCCCACGCUUAUGCCAUCUGGGAAAUCAUUUAGAGAUUCUUUGAUGACAUCAUCAAGGGAUUCGAUGUACAAAAUGCUUAUUUCCCUAUGUUUGUCACUGAUAAGGCUUUAAACAAAGAAAAGGAACACGUUGAAGGUUUCUCACCUGAAGUUGCUUGGGUUACUAGAAGUGGUUCCACUGAUUUACCUGAACCUAUUGCAGUUCGUCCUACAUCAGAAACAAUUAUGUAUCCUGCUUACUCCAAGUGGAUCAAGUCUCACAGAGAUCUUCCCUUGAAAUUAAACUAAUGGACUAACGUAGUCCGUUGGGAAUUCAAGGAUCCUACUCCUUUCAUUAGAACAAGAGAAUUCUUAUGGUAAGAAGGUCACACCGCUCAUGCCACUGAUGCUGAAGCCACUGAAUUUACUUUCCUUAUCUAAGAUUAAUACAGAAGAGUCUACGAAGAACUCCUUGCUGUUCCUGUUAUCAAGGGUGUCAAGAGUGAAAAUGAAAAAUUCCCUGGUGCUUACUUCUCUUCCACUAUUGAAACUUGCAUUCCUGCUAAUGGUCGUGCUGUCUAAGCUGCCACUUCUCACCACUUGGGAUAAAACUUCUCAAAGAUGUUUGAUAUUUCCUUCUUAGAUGGUGAAAAAAAGAAAUAAUACGCCUACCAAACUUCCUGGGGUCUUACUACUCGUACUAUUGGUGUUAUGAUUCUUUAUCACGGUGAUGAUAAGGGUCUUGUUUUACCUCCUCUUGUUGCUAGCACUCAAGUUGUUAUCGUUCCAAUUAUUAAAACCGGAGCUGAUAACGAAAGAGUUUUAAACAAAGCUCAUGAAUUAAAGGCUGAAUUAAAGAAGGCUGGUAUCAGAGUUUAGGUUGAUGACAGAGAUAACUAUACUUCUGGUUGGAAAUUCAACCAUUGGGAAGUCAAGGGUAUUCCUUUAAGAUUUGAAAUUGGUCAAAUGGAUAUGGAUAAGAAUUAAAUUACAGCAGUUUGGAGAGUCAACUCUCACAAGGAAGCUAUUCCUAACGAAAGUAUUAUUGAAACUACUAAGUUAAGAUUGAAAGAAAUACAAGAUUUAAUGUUAACUAACUCCAAGAAAAAGUUUAACGAUAAGAUUAAGCCUGCUAGUACCUGGGCUGAAUUCAUGACUUCUCUUAACUCUCGUUGCAUUGUCUAUACUCCUUGGUGCAAUGAAAUUUCAUGUGAAAAGGCUGUUAAGGAAAGAUCAGCUCUUGAAUCUAAGGGAACAGAAAAUGAAUCUGGUUUAUCUGGAUCUGCAAAGACUUUGUGCAUUCCUAAUGAAUAAGAACCUAUCGCUGAAGGCACUAAGUGUUUCUCUUGCGGAAAGCCUGCUCUUAAGAGAGUUUAUUGGGGAAGAUCUUAUUGAUCGUUAUUAAAACAUAGAUUAAGAUAUAAAAAACUUAUCAAUUUUUUAAAAUAUUUAAUUAUUCAGUUAAAUUCGCUCUAUUUUUGUUUUGUUAUAAUAUUAAGCAAAUUAUUUUCAUUCAUAUUUCAUAUUAGAUAAUUUCAACAAUACAAAUUAGUUUUUUUUCACUAAAAUCUGAAAGAUUUAUACUAUUUUAACAACCUAAGAAAAAUACCUAUUCUGUUACUUCAAAAUUAUUAAAGUUAUUUUUAACAAUUAUUAUCUUCAUUUAUGCAAAUUUAAAUUCAAGAUCUAAAUCAAAGUUAACAUAUAAUAAAACCAUUAUUUAAAAGAAAAUUUUUAUUAAAAUUUAAUACUUAUCAUAUUUUUAAAUACCUAAUAGUAUUAAUUUUAAUCUUAUUUUAAACUUUUAGAUUAGAG